AAGACAAACGCCGCUCUUCACCGAAAAUGUCCACGAUUCAAACGCUGAGAGCUUUUGUGAACCAGCGGCUGACUGCAGCCGUGGAGGAGAUCUUCGGACUGCUGGAAAAAACGAUAUCAAACUACGAAGAAGAGAUCGGUCGGCAGCGCAGACUGUUGGAGGAUGUUGACAUCCGCAGACACGCAGCAGAUGUCCAAAAACUGCUUGACAGACAAGAAAAGGAGCAGGAGUGGAGGAGCAGUGUGGACCAGGAGGACCCAGAGCCCCCGCACAUUAAAGAGGAAGAGCAGGAGGUGUGGAGCAGCCAGGAGGGAGAGGAUGAGGUCACCACGCUCCCAGUCACUGGUAUCUCAGUGAAAAGUGAAGACGAGGAGGAGAAAACUCAGUUCUUACAGCUUCAUCAGAGACGAAACGAGGAGCAGAAAGAGGCCGACACCUCAACCUGCAGCUCAGCUCCACAGGUGGAAACAAAAACUGACCGCAGUCAUCCGCUGCUGUCUUCACGCUGCUGUGAGACUGAGGACAGCGCUGAUGACUGGAAGGAGACGAGGGAGCACGAGUCCGGUUCGGACGCACUGAAAAACGAGAGCACUUUGAAUCACGAUAAGUCCCACAGCCACGAGAGGCCGUUCAGUUGCACAGUUUGUGAUAAAAGAUUCGGAUGCAAAGGAAAUCUGCACGCUCACAUGAGGAGCCACACGGGGGAGAAACCUUUCACCUGCACCGUUUGUAACAAAAGCUUCAGCGCAAAGGUCAACCUGAAGACUCACAUGAGGAGUCACACCGGGGAGAAACCGUUCAGCUGCUCCAUGUGCAACAAAAGCUUCAGUCAGAAGAAGACAUUAGUCAUACACUUGAGGAGUCAUACGGGGGAGAAACCGUUCAGCUGCUCGUUCUGUGGAAAACGUUUCAGCGAAAAAGGAACGCUGAAGAGACACAUUCGAGUGCACACGGGAGAGAAACCAUACAGUUGCAGUGUUUGUGGGAGGAAUUUCAGUUUGCUGUCGCACGUUAAAAGCCACAAGUGUGCCGGCGCGAGCAGUAACGAGUGAAUCUUGACGGAUUUGUGCUUUCAAACUGCAGCGUUCAGACCACAAAUGGAGACUUGGUGAGAUGAUCCUGCGCUCAACAGUGUGUCACUCAGUCAGGACUCAGCCGCCUCAAAUUAUUUUAAUCCACCGCAGUACAGUCAGGGAUCCCCACUGUAGCUGAAAACGUGGGCAGCCGCUCAAAGACUGCGCUGUAGUCGAUCACGUAA